UCACUUAACAUUGACCCUAAUACUGAAGUGUAUAAUGUGUCCAGUGACGAAUAUCCAUAUCAAGAACAGUAUUAUGAUAACUCUGAAUCAAAAACCAAGCUUGGCAAAUAUAAAAAACGGAAACAAUUACGAAAAAGUCAAGAAUUUUGGAAAAAGUUAAUGAAUGAAAUGUUACCAAAAAAUCCAAUAAUAAUUAAUGUCGUAAAUAGAAUUGUUAAUAAAAUUGGAGGAACGAAUAGUUUUAUUAGUGCACAUGCAAGGUUAGGAGAUGGCUAUUUUGUCAAGAAUCAAGACCAAACAGUACAAGAACUCAUCAAAAGAAUUCAAGAAGAUUUUAAAAAUAUCA